UUUUUAUUAGCAAAUUUCCCACUAAUCCGAUGAUACCCAGACCCGAUGAUGUCUGCUUUUAUGCAAUAAUCUCAGCAUUUCAACAGCUAUCAACUUGAAGCUCUUAUUUUGAAAAGAAGCCCAGCUAACCGGAACUCUUCCGGUCAGACGAACAUAAGCGCCAUCUUGACAGUAGUCCUUUAGCACAUUGUGCUGCUGUUUUCUUUUCAGAAAUCAGCGUCUGAAAACAGAAAGCUCUUGUUUCCACGUCUCUGGCUCUUCGGGUUCUCGGUCAUGUCCAGCAUCCAGCUGCUCAGAGUGCUCGUUAACGAGCGGCUGGCCGCGGCCGCCGACGACAUCUUGGAGGCGGUGAAGAAGACCAUCGCGGGCUAUGAGGAGGAGAUCCUGCUCUCCAAACGGGAGAUCCGCCGCCAGCGACGGAUGCUGCAGAGAGAGUCCAGAUCAGAGACGUACGCCGGCAAACACUCAGACCAGCCACAGCUCACGCUGACUGUCUGGGACGAGGACUUCCCCGAGGAUCAGCAGCAGGCAGAGGAGCAGUGUGAGCUGGAGUGGAGCCCCGGUCAAGACUUGGAGAAUGAAGAAUCUCUACAGACGGACAAGAAGCAGGAGGAGGACGAGGAGCAGCCACAGCACCCGCUUCAGGAGCUGAGGGAGGAGGAAGAGCAGGCGCUGCAAGAGGUUGAAGGGGAGGAGAAUAGCGCCAUCGGAUUCAUCUUCAAGCAUCAGCCCAGCUCUCCGAGCACUAAAGGAGGUGGUGGCGAUCCUCUACCCAGCACGUCCACAGAACAGGAGCAGGCGCAGGAGGAAGUGACUGUGGAGGACAAUGACGAGGCCUCCUCCAGCUCCUCGACUGUCAACAGCGAUGAUGAGUGGAGGGCCAGCAUGGAUUCUCAGAGCGACGACAGCGACAGAAGCCACGAGUGGAAGCCGAAGAAGAAGAAGGGGCCUCGUGUACCGAUGGCGCCGACACUGCACCUGGCUAAAAAACUCAAAUCCAGAAUCUGCUGUAAAGUGUGCGGGAAAGGCUUCCACGCCAACAUCUCUUUGGUGAACCACAUGGAGAUUCACCCCAAGGACAUCUGUGGCGUGUGCGGGGAACAUUUCGACAGCGAGGAGAGCUUUCAGAGUCACGUGAAAACCCACGUGAAAGCGGAGAUCUGCAGCGUCUGUGGGAAGUGUUUCGGGACAUCGAGCAACCUGGAGACGCACAUGAGGAUCCACACGGGGGAGAAACCGUUCCUGUGCAGCGAGUGCGGGAAAUCCUUCAACUGCCGUCACAACAUGAUGCGACACAUCAGGAUACACACAGGGGAAAAACCGUACACCUGCACCAUCUGUGGGAAAUGCUUCAAUGACUACUCGACUCUGAAGCGCCAUCUGCUGGUUCAUAUCCGCAAGAAAACCCGCAAUCCAGAAAACUCAUCAGUUAAUGAUGACGGCGACAAGGAGCUCAAGACAUCGCAGUCAAAAAAGUCCCGGGCUAUAUGCGAAGUAUGCGGGAAAAUGUUCCACUCGGUGGUUUCUCUGGUGAAUCACGCCAAAAGUCAUGCCACGGAUGUCUGCGGCGUUUGCGGGAUGAAUUUCGAUUCUGAGGAAAACUUGAAAAGUCACCUGAAGACUCACAAAAGUGGGAAGGUCUGCGAAGUGUGCGGUAAGUGUUUCGACGGGCACGGAAACCUGGAGAUGCACAUGAGGAUUCACACCGGGGAGAAACCGUUUCUGUGCAACGAGUGCGGGAAAUCCUUCAACUGCAGACACAACAUGCUGCGGCACAUCAGGACGCACACGGGGGAGAAGCCGUUUCUGUGCAACGUUUGCGGCCGAGGCUUCAGCGACCAAACGAGCCUGAAGCAGCACAGCAGCACGCACACGGGAGUCAAACCGUACCGCUGCGAGGUCUGCGGGAAAGGCUUCCACCGAAAGACGUACGUGAGACUGCACAUGAAGAGCCACACGUCUGGGAAGUGACUGCUGUGUAAAUAAAGAUUUUGGAAAUGAAGAUGUUUUUGAAGUUUAUUAUGAAAAACUGACAGAAUUUAUAUCGUCUUCAUGCAUCAUUGGUCCUGAAUAUAGUGUUGGAAGGAAAAUAUCCAAAGGUGGCUUAUUGUUCCAAAAAUAAGGCUGCUGUGGCUCCAUACGUUUCAGUAAUAUUGAGCUCGGCGUGACUCACAGUGAAGGUAAAGACUAAAGGACGACCCACACUGCACCAAAGAAAGGCAGAGAACACAUUUCUGACUAGUCUGAUGUUUCUAAGGGACAAUUUGAAUUAUUAGAUUUUUUUUUUAACCUCUGGCACAGCUUUGUUUUCUUUUUAAUCACUUAAAGCCCGAAAUAUGAAAUAAUAUUAAGUGCCAGAAAAUUCAGUUUUUUUGAAAACAGACAGUCUAUCGUACCAUCUGAGAAAUUUGUUUAAAAAAUUAACUACAUUUUUAUUUCCGUUUAUGACUUUUAAUUUGUAUCUUAUUUGUUACAUCUGGGGGGAAAAAAAUCACACUGGUGAUGUAGAAGUCUCAAAAACUGACAAAAACCAUCAAAUAUAAUACACUAGACAUUAAGGGGUUAAAGCCAUAUUUGGUUAUAGCAGCCAUAAUAGAUUCAUCAGAUUCAUAUUUCUGUUGACUCCACUAGAGUAGCUCCUGGAGUCUAAGAGAGAGAGAGGGGGAAAUGUUUUCUUUAUCUCAUCCUGUGUUUGCAGCCCUUCAGUCCUCUCAGCUCCUGUCUCCUUAAGUGCCCACUUGAUUCUGAUUGGCCAUCUUCCAGAAGCUUCCGGAGGGGCAACACUCAGUUUUUGUUUGGUGGUGCUUUCUUCUUAGGAGACGUCAGAUUCAAUGGAAGCUUGUUUACGACACUGAAAAAACAAAUUUACCACCCAAAAUUCUGCACGACGCACCUGAAACUUCCCAGAAAGCUGAUUUUCUUCUGGACGAAGUGUUUUCAUCGUGAGAACCGAGCUCACGGCUCACUGUGAGCUGAGACUGAAGAGUCACUUGGAUGAAACGCUUUGAACACAAUCAACUUUGAGAUUUUUUUACCUGGAUGAUUUAGCGUGCAUCAAAACGCAUCUCACACGUCUGAGAAAAUAACUUGAAAUUUUGAAUUAGGUGUAAAUGGCAGUGGCAAAGAAGUUAAUGUUUUUGUUUGUUUGUUUUUCAGGGAGGAAACAAACUUUAAAAAUCAAAUCCAGCUUUUUAGUUUACACACCAAAGAAGAAAUUCUGGGAGUUACACCGAACAGCCCCCAUAACAUGUUUAACAGCUGAAAGCUUUGUUUCAUUAAAUGCUUUUCUGUCAUUAUUCCAACUUCACCCACAAAUAGGUCGAGCAUCAAACACUAACAUCCUUAACAUCCUGCUUUAACGCUAUCGCAGAAUAUAACAUAA